GGGGAGGAGCUUCGCCGUCUCGUAGCCUUCGAGGUGCAUGCUCCUCCUCCUCUCCUCCUCUAAGCUACCUGGAGCCAUUGCCACUGUACGUCGGCGCCGAAGGCAUCAUCAGUCAGCGAGACAGUCAUCCUGGUGGUGCUGGUGGGCGCCGGCGUUCAUUUCUCGCGCCUGGCCUCACAGCUACCAGUUCUGCCGGCCUUCACGUCCGUUCCCUCACGGGUUUUUUUCCAGGUCUUUUUUUUUUUCCAUCUCUGAAGGCCAUUUUUGGUCGGAUUAUUUUUAUUAUCAAGGGUUUUGUGAUCGACGACCGGUCGUACCUUGGCUACUGUUAGGAAUCUCUAUCCAUCGGCUACAUCAUCUUCAAUGGCAGACGUGGCUUGCUCCGACGGACCGUCAGCAGAUACGAUGGAGAAUGGCGGUGGUGUGAAAGCAACACCUCGGGUCCCGAUCCCGGGAUGCAGAAAUGUUAUGGUCACGAGCGCCUUGCCGUAUGUCAACAACGUCCCACAUCUGGGCAACAUCAUAGGAUGUGUCUUGAGUGCUGAUGCGUAUGCACGGUACUGUCGCAGAAGAGGGUACAACACAAUCUUCAUGUGUGGAACAGAUGAGUAUGGGACGACAACGGAGACUAAGGCAGUUGAGGAAGGUGUCACUCCUAGAGAGAUCUGUGACAAGUAUUACAAGAUUCAUGCGGAGAUCUACGAGUGGUUCAACAUCAGCUGUGACUUAUUUGGUCGCACUUCAACAGCGAAGCAAACAGAGAUUGCACAAAGCAUUUUUACGACUCUUCUUCAAGAGAAAAGGCUCAUUGAAGACAGCAUGGAACAGCCAUUUUGUGUCAAAUGCGCACGCUUUUUGGCGGACCGGUUUGUUGAGGGCACCUGCCCUAACUGUGCCUAUGAAGAUGCACGCGGAGACCAAUGCGACAAGUGCGGGAAAUUGCUCAAUCCGGCCGACCUUGUAAAUGCACGCUGCAAGGUUUGUGGAGACAAACCAGAGAUCCGAAAGACAGAACACCUCUUCCUCGAUCUUCCGGCGUUGAAGCCGCAACUGGAGGAGUACAUUAAGCAGACCUCGGAGAUUGGAGGUUGGAGCUCAAAUGCUCUGCAGAUCACAAACUCGUGGAUACGGGACGGAUUGAAACCCCGGUGCAUCACCAGGGACCUCAAAUGGGGCAUUCCUGUUCCUCUGGAGAAGUAUAAGGAUAAGAGUCCAAAGGAUGUAGAGCUGGUGCAGUUCAUGGGCAAGGACAAUGUGCCUUUCCAUACAGUUAUAUUUCCGUGCACCCUUUUGGGGACAGCAGAAGAAUGGACAAUGAUGAAGACGAUUAGUGUCUGCGAAUACUUGAAUUAUGAGAGCGGUAAAUUCUCGAAAAGCAGAGGGGUUGGAAUCUUUGGCAACGACGCGAAGGAAACUGGAAUUCCUCCGGAGGUGUGGAGAUAUUACCUUCUUGCGAACAGGCCCGAGGUUUCAGAUGCGGUCUUCCUGUGGUCAGACCUGCAGGCCAAGGUCAACAACGAGCUUCUUGCAAACUUGGGGAACUUCGUGAACCGCUGCCUCAUGUUCAUCAACAAACCGGCAGGUCAGGGCUAUGGUGGGAUUGUACCACAGGCGGUGGACCCAGAGAAGGAUGAGUUGACUGCUGCUCUCUGUGCUAAGGUUUCUGAAAACGUCAAGAAGUAUGUGGAAGCCAUGGAAAAGGUGAAGCUUAAAGCUGGUCUGAAACUUGCAAUGACUAUCUCAGGCGAUGGGAAUCAGUACAACCAGGACAGUAAAUUCUGGGAGCUGUACAAGAAGAACCCUGAGAGGUGUGCAACUGUGAUUGCAACAGCAGCAGGCCUUGUGCGGUUGCUUGCAACACUCAUGGAGCCAUUCAUGCCCACCUUUUCAGCAACGGUGCUUGGCCAAUUGAACUUGCCGUCGUCGAGCCUUUCGCUGACCGAUGCAGACGUGGCAGCUGUGUCUAAGCUUUGGGAACUCAUUCCAGCCGGUCAUAGGAUUGGCAAACCGGAGCCUAUUUUCGCAGAAAUGUCAAAUGAAGAAGUGACAGCUUUCAGAGAAAAGUUUGCAGGUAACCAAGCAGAGAGAGUGGCCGCAGAUCUUGCAGCAGCAUCCAUUGCAGAUCCUGCAGCAGACGCGAAACCGGCUGCACAGAGCAAAAAGGGAAAGAAGAAUGCAAAGGAGGGGGGGUCAGCAAAAGUGCCUGCAAAACCUGCCGCGGCAGCAGCGCCUGCACCUCUAGAUGUGUCAAGACUGGACCUCAGAGUUGGGCUCAUCAAGAAGUGCUGGAAGCAUCCAGAUGCUGACUCGCUUUAUGUGGAGGAGAUCGACGUUGGUGAAGCACAGCCAAGGACAGUUGUCAGCGGGCUUGUGAAGUAUGUGCCGCUGGAAGAGAUGCAGAAUCGGAAGGUUGUUGUAUUAUGUAACCUGAAACCAGUUGCUAUGAGAGGCAUAAAGUCACAUGCUAUGGUGAUGGCAGCGUCCAAUGCAGAUCACUCCAAGGUGGAGCUGGUAACGCCACCAGAGGGUGCUGCCCCAGGGGAGCGUAUCAAUUUCCCAGGAUUCAGUGGCCCUGAGCCGGAGCCUAUGCUCAACCCAAAGAAGAAGAUGUUCGAAGCGGUUCAGCCUGACUUCAGAACGACAUCCGAUCUGAUCGCUUGUUAUAAGGAUGUCCCAUUCACCACUUCAUCGGGCGCUUGUAGGGUUGCAUCCAUUGUCGGUGGGACGAUUCAAUAGGCUGGUAUGUGGAUCGAUCGCUUGGGAAGCUAUGUUGUGGGGGAAUUGCUUAGAUCGUUGUAGAUUGAGCGAGUGAUGUGUGCAAGCGAGAGUGAGUUCAGAUUCCACUGGGGAUCACAGAAGCUGUGUUGGCAGGUCCCUGCGGGUCUGGAUUACAAUUUUGUCCACCUCAUCGAAUGGCUUGCAAAUUUGCAAGCUUGUAUGUGAGGGCGGCUUGUUGUUCUGGCGGUUAAUGAUUGAGAUAUGGCAGAAAUUAAACUGAAAUUUAUGGGGGAAAAAAAGGAAAUUGAAAUUGAAACAAGGGCUUGUGUCAUGGAAUGACAUCUGGUUUGCCUUUUAGUUGAAUCCGAAAGAAGCAUCUGAGGUCAAAAUUGAAAAAUCAUUAUUGAAAUCCGAAUAAGAGCUUUGCGUUUUGUA